AUGACCACGCCGAGCCUGCUCCUCACUUUAUCCGUGUGGCUUCUGGCUGGGAGCCUCAUAGCGGAGGCGACUUACUACCGGCACCACCGCUACGGCCACUUCUACCGCUACCGGGAGCACUCCGCUAACACAGAGAACCUCCUCCCUGAGGUCUCCAACCCGGUGCGUGAAGUCUCGCAUCCCGGCGUGCCGACCUACCCCGAGAUCCCCGAAGUCUUCCACCCGGCGCCCGAAGUCAUCCCCCCCAUUCCAGAAGCUUUCCACCCGGUGCCCGAAGUCGUACAUCCUGCACCUGAGCCUUAUCACCCACCUGAGGUUUACCAGCCAGUCCCUGAAGCCUCCUCCCCCGUCAACAUGAGUCGGGUUUUCCAUGGGAUCAUGUUUGACGCUGGGAGCACAGGCACCAGGAUCCACAUCUAUAAGUUCAUCCAGAAAGACCCUGUUGAGCUGCCAGUUCUGGACAAUGAAAUGUACCAUGCAGUGAAGCCUGGACUGUCUGCUUACAAAGACAACCCUGAAGAAGGUGGCAACACCAUCCGACAGUUGCUGAAGAUUGCCAAGAAGACAGUCCCAGAGGAGGAGUGGAGGAGGACCCCGGUGGUCCUGAAGGCCACGGCGGGUCUGCGUUUGCUGCCUGAAGACAAGGCCAACACUCUUCUGAAGGAGGUACAAGAGGUAUUUGAUGAGUCCCCAUUCUUUGUGCCAAACAACAGUGUUUCCCUCAUGAACGGAACAAAUGAAGGAAUCCUCGCCUGGGUCACAGUGAACUUCCUUACAGGUCACUUAUACUCCAACACAAGGAGGACGGUGGGGAUCCUGGAUUUGGGUGGAGGAUCUACACAAAUUACAUUCCUUCCUAAGUCAAAGAAAACGGUUCAGUCUGCUCCUUCCAGUUACAUUGCCAGAUUCAACCUGUUUAACCAUACAUACCAACUCUACACACACAGUUAUCUUGGAAAUGGACUGUACGCGGCUCGACUGGCAACUCUCGGAGCACUAGGAGCUGAUGGUCUUGAUUGGAAAGUCUUCACAAGUUCCUGCCUCCCAAAAAAGUUCAGAGAGGAUGUGACUUUUGGAGGAACCACCUACAAAGUUAGCGGGAUUCCAGACGGCUACGCAGGCUAUAAGCUGUGCUACUAUGAGGUGAUGAAGGUAAUCAAGGGAAUAGUGCACCAGCCUUACGAGGUGAAGGGCAGCAGCGUGUUCUACGCUUUCUCCUACUACUUCGACAGAGCUGUGGAGUCUGGCCUCAUCGAUGGCAGUCGAGGAGGUUCGCUUGAAGUUAGGGAUUUUAAGAAGAGAGCCAAGGAAGUGUGCAACAAAAUGACCAAAUACCGUGCUAUCAGCCCCUUCCUCUGCAUGGAUAUGACAUAUAUCACUUGUCUGCUAAAGGAGGGCUUUGGCUUCAAGGACAACACUGUGCUGCAGCUCGCCAAGAAGGUGAACAAUGUGGAGACAAGCUGGGCCCUGGGGGCAACCUUUGACUACUUCAGAAACCUCAACAUCCACUAAGGACAGCUUGCUGUCGCAGCAGCCAGCACUGAGAGGGACAGUCUGUCACUGUGGGGUGUCCCUUCCUCCAUCCACCCAUCCGAUCAGCCCGUCCUCUCACAGACACACCCGGUCCCACCACCAUGCUCCCUCACCCACCAUGCCCCUCCUCUUUUCCUCAACCUCAGCACCCUGCAAACACUCCGAGAACUGUUGAAAAAGAAAUCACUAUAUUUUUAUAAGGCCAGCUAUUUCUACUGUAUGUUGAGCUCAUAACUGGUGGGCUGACUUUAUUUUUGUAAAACGUUUACAUUUUUGAUUCCUUAUGGGUGUCUGAUCUGAAAUGUCUUUUUCACCUACCUGUAAAGUGUGUAGAGGGGAAUUUAGAAGCAAUACAACCAGUCAUGGUGUUUUGGUGCUUACUGUGGUCCUGGUGUGCACUGUACAGUACAGUUGAAAACCUCUAACUAACUUUAACUUCUUUUUAAUUCCAGCAGUAAAUGAACAUACAAGACCCUAAUUCAUCGUCAAAACAUCAUUGGAAAUCGAGCAGAUGAAAACCACACAGCUUCUUUUCUUCAACUUUGCACAUAACACUUUAUUUGCAGAUAUUGUAGCUAAGACGUAAUCAGGUUUUUUGAUGUCGACGAGAGAGUUGUACAUAUUCAUCACUAGUGUUGGAUUCAUUGUCACUCGGGGGCAGAGAGAGCGCUGUGGAGAGAUGCUUUUACAAGUAUGAGGUUCAUGCCUGUAUUUUUCAAGUUCAGCCAUUAUUGUUUGUUUUGUCUAGAGUGGAAAAGACCUUAUCAAGCACGGCUAAAUUGCAGGGGCCUCAGGUCUGAACUGUAUUUUAGACCAGCAAAAGAAAAACCUCUCAAGGAAGACACUGCAUCCAACAACAUCAUUUACAGCCAUUAAAUGCAACAAAAAUGUAAACAGAAAUUAUGUUUAAAAAAAAAAAAAAAAAAGUUUAAGACACCCAUGACUCCUUCACUUGAUGCUGGUUGAUCAAAAACAUUAGUAAUAUUGAAUUCUGUUUGUCAUUUUUCUUGUGAACUGUACAAAUAUUUAAUUACUGAAAGUUUUAUCUAAUGUAGAGUAUUUUAAAUAUCCUCAUCAAAUAUUAACUCUUGGACUUUCUGUGUAACUGCUCUCUAAGCCAUGCCUUUGCUGUCCUUUCAGUAUUCAACAUGUUCAAUAACUACUGCUGUAUAUACAUAAUGUAAACUUAUAUUAGAGAAAUACUUUGACAGGAACGGCUUCUACAUUGCGAAAAACUUUAUGCUGCACAAUUGCUCAGAAAUGCCUCUAUGUUCAUCAGUAUGAAUAACCUGAUGACAAUAUGUAAAUUGUUGUUUUUAUUAAAUCCAGUGGAAUAAGUGUAUACUAUACAUGUAUGUUUUAAUAAAACAUCAAAAAAUG